AUGCCGACAUCGCUUCCAGACCCUGUCUUGGCCUUGUCCAUGGACAAUGUGCUCAAAAUGAAUGAUCUUAGCCUCGACCAACUUGCCAACCUCUGGAACGUCUUUACAAAGUGUGCUGAGUCUCUCGAAUCUGGUCGACGUCUCGAAAACCUCUCGUGGCGUCUGUGGUUCCGCGAAGCCCACAUCCUUCCUCCAGACACCUCGCUUUCCGACCUUACCGACUUUACCCCGCUCGACACGCCUCUCAUUAGCCGCGCCAACAGCAUCACCGGCAGCUACAGGCCCGUUCGUCUCUCGUCCACCACAACAGCUCGCUCCGGCAGUGCGCUUUCCGAUCCUGAAGACGGAAGCGAUUCUGACUACUCGACCGACAGCGAGAGUGGCAUUGCCUCACCCUGCGCAGCUCCGCUUCCGUCGGCGCCCGUCUCUUCUCCCGUCAAGAGGAAGAUCAAGUUGGAUCAAUCCAACCUCAGUCGAACAUCGACAUCAUCGUCAUCGGCCGCCACCACUGUCGCGUCUUCCACAACUGCGGUCGUUCCUCAGCGCGCAAGGAUCGCAGACAGCAUCGCAGAGCGCACUAGUCGAACCAUGAUCACAGCCUCGCGUCGCUCCAAUCUUGCCGAUAUGGAUCUCGAAGGAUCGCGACGCAAGCGUGGUAUCUCUUCCUCGUCCGCCUUUGGAAGCAAAGCGCGCGUCAAGCAGCGCAACCAGGAAGGAUCAUUGCGCCGACGUCCGCUCAGCUUCCAAACUGCGCUCGAGAAUCUUGUUCUGACAAGCCGCGCUGAUAAUUUUGCUUCGCUUCGUGGCACUCAGGGCAGCAUGCCUCACCUCGAUGUACACAUGAAUGCCAGCACAGGUGCAUUGGAUGCUCCUCGCAGACAAAUCGACCAGGGCAACGACGCCAAGCGAAACAGCGCGCCUGCCGAACUGAGUCCGAUUCAGAGCUCCAGCAUCGCCCAGGCCGCCCUUGCUACCCAAUUGCGAAAUGCACUCCAGCCACCUCCUGCUCAGAUGUCGACUACCCCCCUCUUUUCCACGGCUGUGCCCGCCGACGCUAUCGAGGUGCACUGUGACGCGCCAGAGACGUGUGGCCCUCUUUCUCCGGACAAGAUGACCGUAGCGUUGGCACCUACCAUCGGAGCCAUCUCCAGGCGUGGCUCACAGACAAUGUUGUCGGAUGCAAACAACUCUGGCCACAAGGAAGCCGCCGUCGCAUCAGCUCCUCAUCUUGAUCUUGACAACAAUGUCGAAGCCGACUCUGCCAAGAGGCUUGCUUCUUCGGCACAGCACCACAUGCCUCCCCCUUCAGGUGUUCUUGAGCCGACGCCCGCCGCAUCUGCCAUCAAGCAAAGAGCCAAGGCUGACCAGCAAGCGUCCACACUGGCGCAGAUCGACAAGGCGUCCACCGACGAUCAGCACCAUGGCACGCACGCAUCAUUGGGUAUGGUUCGCUCCGAUUCCGCUUCCAGCGCUUCAACACAAGCAUCACAUCGAUCAGCGGCCAAUGGCGCCGGUGUUCGCCGUACCAGCGAAGCUCGAAUCCGUUCGAGGCCAUCUGCCGGAGCACUUCACGCUGGAAAUCGAUCCAAGUCCUCGAGCGGCCUGCAUCGCGGUGCCAAGCACAGCAAGAGCUCGGACAGGAUCGCAGUCGCACCUGCGCGCCCUCCUCCUCGUCAUAACUUAUUCUCAGGGUUGGUCAUGACGCGAGCGGCUCCUGCACCCAAGCCCACCCAUGCCGUGGCGCGCAAGCCUGUGCCAGCCGAGACUCAAGCUCCCAAGUCGGCUGCAGCUGCCACCAAGAAGGUGCCCGUCAAGUUCACCAUGGGCGGCGAUGAGACUGAUUCAGAGGAGUACGAGGAUGAAAGCAGCGAUGAUACGAACGCAGCCAAACCAGUUUCUGCUCCCACUGCUACAGACGGUGAAAAGGACAGCAAAGCCAUCAAGUCCACGUCUGCCGAUGAGAUUGAUGACGACGACGAAUGGUCCAGCGACCCCGAAGCCGAGGAGCAAGAGCGUCGAGCCAAUCAAGCUGCUGAGGCCGAGCGUCGCAAGCGUGAGGAGGAGGAGCGUCACCGGAGCAUGUUCCAAAAGCAAGCGAUCCGCUCCAAGUCGGCCGCCGACCUUCGUUUGCUUGCCCCCAACGCUCUUAUCUCGACUGGACCAAGCCCACCUGAGCAGCCUGUGCGUGGUCUGCUCAGCUCACUCUUCCACCCCGAUGAACAGCACUCCCCUCCCGGUCAAUUGGCCGGCCGUCCGCACGCUUCGGCUGCCGACUUGAGGACCAAAUCUUCCUUCUCGUCCCAACCAACCGCUUCCGGGGCUGCCAGAUCUCCGCCAGCUGUGCGUCGCCCUCGGGCCCACCGAGACAGCAACGACAACACCAGCCAUGCGCCGCGAUCGUUGCGCGAAGGCGGAUUCGCCGGCCUCACGGGUCUGAAGACGAGCAAGAGUGCCGUAGCCCUGCCUUUGUUGGACACGCACAUCACGCGCUCCUCUACUGGUGGGGGCAAGGUCAAGCACGAUGAGCAGAGUGUUGCUGGCGGAAGCCACCAUUCGGAUGGCAGCGCCAGCAGCCCCGACUCGCCUGUAGCAGCUGCCUCGUUUGGUCGACCUGGAAGCAUGGCCUUGGCCCGCCUGCACGCUUUGACCAACAUGAAGGCACAUUCGAAGCGAAGCUCAACUGGCAAUGGUACUUCAGAAGAGCACACGGAGACGCGAUCUCACUUGCGCCGUCAAGGGUCCGAGGCUGCAGCGCAGUUUGAGCGCGAAGUAUCGUCGCGCUCGCUGCGUCUUGAAGUGAGCCCUGACGAUCGAGACUUUGCGAUUCCUUCACGUGCAUCGCAAUCCAACUUGGCUCACAGCCAGCUUCGUCAGUCGGCUCCAUCAUUGUCGUCGCGUCACUCGGAUCAGCAACACUUGCGCAGCUCAGAGCGUGACGUUCUCGGUUCUGGCUCGCGUUCCAACAGCGAAGGUUUGCCAAUGGGACAUGGCUCGAUGCAGCAAAGCGGCACCAGCAUGAACGGACCCGUCUCGAUCUCGCGUCCUCGCUCCUCGAUCAACUUGCCGGAGGCAGCAGCUCCGCAGACGCCCCGCACCACGCGACGCAACAUGCUUCGCGAUGAGCUUUCGGAAUCGCUCCGGCAAAACCUGCUUUGGGAGCGUCAGAGCCGCUCAAGGAUGCUGGGCCUCGGUGCUCCCAUGGCACCGAUCAAUCAGCCUCAGCCACAAGCCCCUGGUCAUCGCCGAGACAAUGUGCUGAACGGCAACGCAUUGCGACCGCUCACCAGCGCUGGCACAUCGAGAGCUGACCAGAGGAAUGAAGGCGAACCCAAGCCGAAGCGAUAUUCCGAAGAGUGGGGCAGCUUUCACCACAAGGGCUGGUGA